AUGGCACAGAAAAAGCCUAGAAAACUUGCCAUUGACUUGCAAUAUUAUGAACGGCCCGAAAUAGUUGCGCGCUUAGAAUCGAUUCGUGAGAAAUUGAACCGCGAAAUUUUUCAACGUUACGUGGAAUUGUCAACUGUAAGCUCACGGGAACUGUCACUUUUUCUUGGUCAGUUUCAGAAUCAUCAAGAAGAAGUUUUAGGGCGUUAUGCGAAUCGUCCCGAUUCUCCCAAUCCUAAAAUCCCCGCUAAGCUUUUUAAGCUUGACCCUGCACCUGGAAUUACUUCUGCUCCUUAUUACAUCCUUCGUACUGCUUAUAAUUUCAGAGGUUCGAAAAAAUGGAAAGCCUGGGAUUGGGAGAAUAUGAACCGAAAAGACUUUUUGGAUUUGAUUACGCAAAUUAGACAUGGUUUAGAAUCUAAAGGAGCAAUAAAGAAAAACAUUAUUUGUAUUAAAGGAAAUUCUAUUGAAGCAAUUCGCAAACAAAAAUUGAUUUCACUUGUAAAUUCUUUAGGAGGUCAAAUGAUCCAUGAUAUGACAAAAGCAACGCAUAUUAUACAUGUAACAAAUGAGUCUGAUGGUGCAGAUGAAGAAUGGUAUAGAACUUUAGAAAAGCGGAAUGGCAAAGUUUAUUUACAUUGGUGGUAUUAUCCAGAUUCUUAUGAUAUUUGGGUAGAUGAUGUAGACCAUGCUGAACCCGAACCAAUUCCUAAUCAUAUUGGUCCUUGGCAUGUAACUGACCGUUUUAUUAGAGAUAGUGCCAAAUUUAAUGAAUGGAUGAACGAAGAAGAUUAUGAAAUUUCGGAUAAUGCAGACAAUAGAAAGUUGUCUACGGAGGAACAAUCAGUAGUAUCAGAAUCCGAGGCUUCGUCAUCCAAUAAACGAAAUUUAGAUGCAUUAGAGUCGCCUACAAAUAUGGAUGUUGAUAUGCGUCCUAAUAUUGGUGCAAAACGUGCUAGAUUAAGAUCACCUGAUAUUGAUUCUAAACCAGAACAUCCGGGUUUGACUCUUGUAGAUAUUGAACAAGAAGCAUCACGCUUAGGGGUAAAUCGUACAAAGAAAAGUGAGCUUGAUCCAAUGGUUGGUGGAGAAAUUGCAAAUAUUUCUCAAUUAGCUCCGCCAGAACUCCCUCAUAAAGAAGAUGUACAUCAGAUUACUGAGGAAAGUUCUGAAGCCGUAGACGAUAAUGCAGAUGUUGAAGCUGUGACUUCAGAUAUGAAAGGAAUCGGAAUCCGAAUUCCGGCUGAUAAUAAUAAUAUGGACCUUGAUAUUACCGAACAAGAACCAAAUAAAAUUUCUGGCGAGAAUGUUACUUCUACUAGUAAUAAAGAGGCUUCCUCUCCUAUUGUAUCUAAAGAAAUCGAAGAAGAUGAAAAUAAUAUGGUGACUUCUGAUGACGCCAGGCCUCCUGAGGAUGGUGGUAAUGAAUCUAUUAAUCCUCAAGAAAUGCAUGUAACGAAUGACGAAGAAGAAAAGAAACGUCUCGAGGAGGAAGCUAGAAAAUAUCUAUCACAACAAACACAGGAAAUUAUCAUUCCUUCUUAUGCUGCAUGGUUUGAUAUGUCUAAGAUUCACGUUAUAGAACAAAAAUCUCUCCCAGAAUUCUUUAACAAUAGAAAUAAAUCAAAAAACCCUAGUAUUUAUAAGGAAUAUCGAGAUUUUAUAAUAAACACAUACCGCCUUAACCCUGGAGAAUAUUUAACUGUUACAGCAUGUCGUAGAAACUUGGCGGGAGACGUGUGUGCAAUUAUCCGAUUGCAUGCAUUUUUGGAACAAUGGGGCUUAAUCAAUUAUCAAGUUGAUCCGGAAACUCGUCCAUCAUCAGUUGGACCUCCAUUUACUGGACAUUUUCGUAUUACGGCGGAUACACCAAGGGGACUUCAACCUUUCCAACCAAGUGGUCCAUCUAUGGCUAUGACAAAUCCUCUUUCAAACAAUGUUGUAAAUACGGGUGAUCCUUCAUCCAUUAACGCUACUAAUUCCAAAACCACUGAUAGAUUACUCGGCAUUCGACAAAAUGUAUAUUCGUCUACAGUCGUUUCUUCUGUCAACCCAGAUUCACAAGAUGAAAGUAUCACCGCAGAAUCUGGAACAACGGAGUCGAGAAAAUAUAAUUGUAGCACUUGUAAGGUUGACUGCACUAAAAUUCGUUAUCACAGUUUAAAAACUCCUAAUUAUGAAUUAUGUCCAAAUUGUUAUUUGGAAGGACGUUAUCCUUCAACAAUGCAUAGUGGAGAUUUCUUAAAGAUGGAUGAUACACCAUUUAAACAUGCUCAAGAUGAUGCAUGGACAGAUCAAGAAAUCUUAUUGCUUUUUGAAGGGGUAGAGCUUUAUGAAGAUGACUGGAAUAAAAUUUCUGAUCAUGUAGGAACUCGUACUCGUGAACAAUGUAUCUUACAAUUUCUUGAAUUCCCAAUUGAGGACCCUCUUAAUAGUACUACUAGAAUGUCAGAUUUGGGACCACUUCAAUAUUUACGAAUACCUUUCAGUCAAGCAGAUAAUCCAGUUAUGUCAGUUGUCGCAUUUUUGGCAUCUGUUGUUAAUCCCGGAGUUGCAGCCGCGGCAGCAAAGUCAGCAUUAAAAGAAUUAUCCGAACCAAAAAAAUCAGCUAAACAAGAAGCAAAUGGUAUAAAUGGAAUAAAUUCAUCUAAUUCUUCUGAAAACGUUGAGACAGCAGAGAACACUCCAACAGUUAUCAAACUAGAAGACGAAAUGGAUGUUGAGUCUACAAAUGAUCAAAAUCAAGGAACGGAAUCACUUGUUUCGACGAGGAUGUCUCGCACCAAACUUUUGGAUAGAGCAGGCGCUACUGCAAUGGGUUCGGCAGCUGCAAAGGCCAAGGUUCUUGCAGACUACGAAGAACGUGAAAUUCAACGUCUUGUGAAUGCGGUUAUUGAAAAUCAAUUGAAAAAGCUUGAACUAAAACUAGCACAAUUCGAGGAGAUAGAAAGUGCACUUGAAAAUGAAAAGAAAGAAUUAGAAAAACAACGUCAGUUGUUGUAUACUGAGCGGUUAAAUUUUAAAAAGAGUAAUUUAGUGAUGCAAGAACAGCUGAGAAAUGUUCAAUCUGGAAACAUUCCUAAACCUCCAAAUGAACAAAAUUAUGAAAUUAUUGGAAUUUGGGUGAAGUGA